UUUAUGAAUAAAAUAUCAGUUUACCAAUAUAUACAGUAGAUAGUAUUACAUUAAUAUUUAAAAUAUUCACCCCCUCCAGCCGCCCAAAAAGAGAACGUUGUUUAGGAAAGAGAUGGCAGCACUAGUUACCUUAGAGAAAGUAUUCCCAAAGACCUAUAAAGUAUAAUGAAUAAAGUAUGGAAGUGGCUUUCGUUAAUAAUUGAUAGCGACUAGUAGGAAAUAAAAAUAUUUAUCACCAAUUAGAUAUAAAAGACGAAACAAAACUUCACUUGUGAAAAGAAUUACGUAGUUUUUAAUUAUUUGUCUAUUACGUAAUGGUAAAAUGUUACAGUGGUAAUUAAAAUGAAUUGACAACACAUUGUGUUACAUAUUAAACCUUACCAACUGAAUUCAAUUUGAGAAAUGACUUCGAACGGAGAAGCACCAAAGAAAUCUAAGAUGAUUGAAGCUGAAAUAAAAACCAGCUUGUCAGUUGAAGAAAAGGUAUUAGAAUUGAAAAUAAGAUUUAUUGAAGAAAGAAAGAAAAGACAAAAGUAUGAAAGUAACUUACAAAGAGAAAUAAUGAAGAGACUGAAAGCCGAAGAACAAUACGCAAAGCUCGAGAAAUCUUACAGAAUUCAGUCAAUGGAAAUGAAAGAACUUAAGAAAAAGAUAGAGAAUUCAUCAUCGAGAGAAAAGAGAAUGGUUGAAAAUGAUGAAUCAUCUUCGGAGGAGGAUCUUUUGCAACCAUCUCAAAUUGUUAAAGAUAGAUGGCGUAUUUUAAAAAAGGUUGGUGGUGGAGGGUUCGGUGAAAUUUACGAAGCUAUUGACUUAAAUACUAAAGAAAAAGUUGCACUCAAAUUGGAAUCUGCACUGCAACAAAAACAAGUUUUGAAAAUGGAAGUUGCAGUUCUCAAAAAGCUACAGGGAAAAAAUCAUAUAUGUAAAUUCAUCGGUUGCGGAAGAAAUGAGAGGUUUAAUUACGUUGUUAUGACUUUACAAGGUAAGAAUUUAGCAGAAUUACGAAGGUCUAUGGCUAAAGGUCAUUUUACCAUGUCAACCACUGUUAGAUUAGCAUUUCAGAUUAUUCAAGCUAUUCAAGCUAUUCAUGAAAUAGGAUUUUUACAUCGUGAUAUUAAACCAUCAAAUUUUGCAAUGGGAGCGAGUCCAGAGUCGAGGAGAAAAGUCUUUAUGCUUGAUUUUGGUUUGGCAAGACAAUAUACAAAUGCUCAAGGGGAAGUUCGAACUCCCAGACCUUCGGCAGGUUUUAGAGGGACUGUAAGAUACGCGUCGUUAAAUGCUCAUAAAGCAAAAGAAAUGGGACGUCACGAUGAUCUAUGGAGUUGGUUUUAUAUGAUUGUUGAAUUCGUACAAGGAGGAUUGCCAUGGAGACGGCUAAGAGAUAAAGAACAAGUUGGGCAGAUGAAAGAAGGAUAUAAUCAUAAUUUAUUUCUUCGCUAUCUUCCGUCAGAGUUCGGUGAUAUCCUAAGACAUAUUCAACAGCUUGAUUACUACUCUGAACCGGAAUAUGAGCACUUAAUAGAAAGAUUACACGCCAUAAUGAUAAGGAAAACCAUUACUCUCCAGGAAUGCUACGAUUGGGAACAGAUGGCUGAUACUCCAGGGCCACCUAGUAUAGUUGCAAAUAUUAGAAAUGAACUUCCUGCUCAGCAGGCUCAUGGACGGCUCACAUCAACUCAGGCAAUUGUAACAAAUCAAGGCGGAGCAGGAAGUGUUGAUGAUCUAGAAUUAAAAACUGGUACAGUACAAAAAGCUUCAGUCCAAUCAACUCCUCAACAAGGCAGAUACGCCUUAAUAAAGAAAGGAAGGAGCGGAUUUGCGUCAACUACUAAAAAUAAUAUAAACUGCAAACCUUUAUUAAAACAAUCAAGAAAUAAAAAUAUGUCAGCGGUAACUCGACACGGUAGAUCCUUUACUAGGCACGAAGAAGGAGAAGAGGAUGAUGAUAAGAUUUACUGCAUUAAUUAUCCCAGAUCUUCUCGGUCUCUUCACGGCAAAUCUAGAAAAGUUUUAAAGAGAUGUGAGGAUAAAAAUAUAAAUAAUAAUGCCAUGCCCAAUACCCUAUAUAAUAGAUCACGAACAUCAGAAGAAUUAGCUUUUGUAUUCAAAUAUCAGCUAGAUUUCUGCUUUUUACCGUGUCACUCCCAUUUAGUUUUAAUUUGGACAUGA